AUGGCCUCCAGCUGCAACCACCCUAUUGACUUGGCAAAAGAAUAUGCAUCAAUGUCACUUAGAGACGAUGAGGAAGUUGAGUUCUCUAUUGAAGAGGGUGACAGUUCCGACACUCUGGUGGAAACCCCCUUCAUCCUGCUCGGUAAGCUUCUCACAGAGAAAUCCACACGUUUUAACUAUCUAAAGGACACCAUGGCCACAGUAUGGAGACCCAAAAGAGGUAUGAUAGCGAGGGAAAUCUCUACCAAUCUUUUCCUAUUCUACUUCGUCCAUGAACUCGAUAUACGAAAGGUGCUCAACGAGGGUCCCUGGUCUUACGAGCAAAGUCCCCUUUUUCUCAAACAGAUCGAGCCAAACACCUCCCCUCAUGGAAUCCAACUCACUCAUGCAGAUCUCUGGGUCCAAGCUUACAAUAUUCCCCAAUCAAUGCAAACCAAGAAAAUUGCUGAAAUGAUUGGAGCCUUCUUUGGUUCCUUCAUAACGGCAGACACAGAGAAACUAGAAGGCCUUUGGAAGGAUUUCAUGCGGGUCAGAGUGCAGUUAUACGUCUCAAAACCCCUCAAAAGAAAGAUGAAGGUUAAACCUCCCAAGGGUGACUCCUUCUACAUCGAGUUUAAAUACGAAAGACUUCCAACCUUCUGCUUCAUAUGUGGGCUAAUCGGACACAAUGAGAAGUCCUGUGACAUCCUUUUCGACUCAAACCCAGGCAGCGUUGAGAGGUUUUACAGUCCAGACCUCAGGGCCACCGGUCGGAGAUCGCAACCGUGUGCUGGUCAACAGUGGAUGCUCCCGGAGCUACCUCGUCGUAAGACGGAAGGAGAAACUCAAAAGCAUACUUUCAACCCUGACAUCUCUUCAGAACAGACAGAUAUUCCUCUUGAGGAAACCACAUUUCAGAAGGAUCAGUCUGUCCCCCAGUCCUCAGUUCCCUAG